GUGCAGAAGAGCCCGCGGCGCUCUCCUCCUCCGGGCGCCGCGGGCCGACGGCCGGCCGGAGCCUCUGCCGGCCCCGGCGGCUCCGUGGAGGAGGAGGUCCUCGAGGGACGCGGGGGCACUCCACCGACUCCAUCUGGCACGCCACCACUCCUGGAUCCUCUCGAGGGGGCAGGGGGGUCGUGGCAGAAGGAAACCGUCUCUGCGCUGCGGCUGGCGCAUCAGGCCCACCAGCAGCUGGAGGAGAGGGAGGCCCGGACGUCGACGGAGCUGCACCGCGUGCUUGCGGAGCUCGCGCAGGCCAGGCUGGCUCAGGAGAAGACCCUCCGGCUGUGGGAGAAGGUGACCAGCGAGUGCAGCGAGAGUGCGAGGCACGAGCGGUGCCUCGCGGAGCGCCUGUCGCAGGUCGAGGCGGACCUGGAGGUGGCGACGGCACGGUGCCAGUCUCUGGGCGCAGACGCCGAUCGCGAAGCCCACCGAGCGAAUCGGGUGGCGGAGGAGCUGGAGGAGGCCAGGGCGGAGCACGCCCGCGAGGCGGCGCGCUUCGCGCAGGCGCGCGGCGCGAGGCUGCUGCGCGAGCAGGCCCUGCGCGAGGAGCUGGAGGCGGCGAGGCGGAGGGCGUCCCCGGGCGACGCGAGCCUGGCCCCCGUGCGCGAGGUCCACGGCCCGGUCUGCCAGUACUGCGUCUGGUGCCGCCCGGAGGGCGGAGGGGGCUGCGAGUGGUGGGUGCAGGCCGACGGCGCCAGGGUGCUGCUCAAGGUCGCCAGAGGCUCGAGCGAGCUCGACGGGGCGACGGUGGAGCCCGAGACGCUGCGCCCGAAGAGGGGCGCUCUCGCGGACGAGCCAGCGGGCGCACCCGAACCGAAGGUCACGCGGGAGGCGAGGUGUUCGCAGUGCGACGGGCUCGCGAGGGAGCUCGAGGCGCGCAGGAGCCAGAAGUGCGGCGAGCUCAUGCAGGAGCUCCAGACGG